CCGGCCCGCUCUCCCUUGCCAUGGCCGAGCCCGGCGGCAGCGGCAGCGAGCAUGCGCGGCCGCAGUCGUACGCCGGCACGGCGGCUGCCGCUGCGCCCUCGUCGCGCCCGCAGCGGCCCCGCACGCUGCACGCCUUUCUCUCCUUUCCCUCGGCCUCGUCGCUGCCGCUCGCCGCGCCCGCCGCCGACGACGGCUCGUACGCGUGGCGCGCCGCGGCACACGGCGCCUCGCCGCUCGAGCGCAGCCUCGAUGCGCUGGGCAUGGGCCGCUACCAGUGGGCGCUCCUCGGCCUCGCCGGCUGCGGCUGGGCGGCGGACAAUAUGUGGCUGCAGGCCGUCGCCAUCGUGCUGCCGCGCCUGCAGGACGAGUUCGGCGUGGGGCCCGCCAGCGUCGGUUUCGCCAGCAGCGCGACGUUUGCCGGCAUGAUGCUCGGCGCACUGGCGUGGGGCGCCUUCUCGGACGCAUACGGGCGCCGCCCGGCAUUCAACCUCACGCUGGCGCUCUGCACGCUCUUCGGCUUCUGCGCCACAUUGGCGCCGAGCUUUUUCGUGCUCUGCUGCACGCUCUUCCUGCUCGGGACCGCCGUCGGCGGCAGCAUGCCCACCGACGGCACGCUCUUCCUCGAGAACGUGCCGCAGCGCCGCCGCUACCUGCUUACGGCCCUCAGCGUCUUCUUUGCCGCCGGCGCCGUGCUCGCCUCGGCGCUGGCGUGGGCGAUCCUGCCGCGCUUCAGCUGUCCGCGCGAGGGCGUGUGCGGGUCGGGAGAGAACAGGGGCUGGCGCUAUCUGCUCUUCUGCCUCUCCAGCUUGACGGCCCUCUUCAUGCUGCUCCGUCUUGUGCUCUUCCGGCUGUACGAGAGUCCCAAGUACCUCGUCGAGGCAGGCCGUGCGGAGGAGGCUGUAGUGGUGCUGCGGCGCAUCGCGGCGUACAAUGGCACGACAGGCAUGCGCCUGAGCCUCGCAGACGUGCAGUCGGGACCGGACACGGCCCGUCAGGAAGGUUCGGGCACGUACACGGCGCUGCCGCGCGAGGAUGCCGGGACCACAGCGCAGCCGCAAGUAUCGCAGCAAGCACAGAGCAAUGCUACGUUCCUCGCAGUCCUGCCGCCGUCGCUGAGCCGCGCUCUCGAGCCGCUGGCCCAGCGCUAUGGCGAGCUGCUGCAGCCCGAGUGGCGCCGGACGACGCUGCUGGUGUGGACGACCUGGACGCUGUUCAGCCUUGCGUUCACGAGCUUCAACGUCUACCUCUCGACAACGCUCGAGGCCAAGCUAGGCAAAGGCGCCGAGGUGUACCUCGACUACACGGCCUAUGCGCUUGCCGCGCUGCCCGGCGCACUCAUCGGCGCCCGGCUGAUCGAGACGCGCCUAGGGCGCAUCGGCACCAUGUGGAGCUCGACGCUCGUCGUUGCCGUCGCGCUGCUUGCCUUUGCCGGCGUGUCGUCGCGCGCCGGCAUCCUGGCCUCGAGCUGCCUGCUGAGCCUCAGCGCCAGCGUGGCAUACGCGGCGCUUUACGCCUACGCUCCGGAGGUCUUUGACACGCGCCAGCGCGCGACGGCGGUCGCCACCGCCUCGGCGCUGAGCCGCCUGGCCGGCAUGCUGGCGCCGCCGCUCGCAGGCCGUCUGCUGGCGUGGCGUGGGCGCCGGGCACCACUCGUGGCGGCACACGUAGUGUUCGUGCUGUGCGCCGCCUGCAUGGCGGCACUGCGGCGGGAGACACGGGAUACAGGAGAGGGGCGAGCAGAGGACGAGGAAGAAGAGGAAGGGCUGCUGGAAGAGGAACAGACCCGGCGGCAGAGCAGUGCCGAGUCAUAGAAUGAGGCAGCCAGGGCGCAUCAAUGCAACACUGUCACCUG